CGCCGCGGUGACAGCAGACAUUGGCCGACCCGCCGACCGACCGCCCAGGUGUUCAGGGACGAUUCACCGGUGCUCCGUGGAUGGACCUCCGUGACAUGGCCUCAGCCACGAAGCGGCUCCGCGGACCCGCCCGCCCACGGCUCCUCACGGAGCGUCUCUCCUGCUGUUGAAAUGACGAGGUGGUGACGAGCGUUCGUCCGUCGAGCGGAAGCUACUGAGCUAAGCGGGACUCCGGGGCUGCUCGGUACCGGACGGGACCGACAAUGGCCGGACUCAUCAAGAAGCAGAUUUUGAAGCAUCUUUCCAGGUUUGCUAAAAACCUUUCCCCAGACAAGAUCAACCUGAGCACGCUGAAGGGGGAGGGUCAGCUCACCAACCUGGAGCUGGAUGAGGAGGUUCUGCAGAGUCUGCUGGACCUUCCCACCUGGCUGGCCAUCAACCGCGUGUGCUGCAACAAGGCUGCCAUCAGGAUACCAUGGACUAAACUGAAGACUCACCCCAUCUCUUUGACUCUGGAUAAAGUUGAGAUGGAGAUGAGCACAUGCGAGGAGCCCCGCCCUCCCAAUGGCCCCUCGCCUAUAGCAACAGCUUCAGGUCAAAGCGAGUAUGGCUUCGCUGAGAAGGUGGUGGAGGGGAUUUCCCUGUCCAUCAACUCUAUAGUGAUCAGGAUCAGUGCCAAGGCCUUCAACGCCUCCUUCGAGCUGUCGCAGCUGCAGGUCUACAGCGUGAACACCAGCUGGAGCGUCAGCGACCUGCGCUUCACUCGCAUCCAGGACCCUCAGAGAGGGGAGAUCCUGACCUUCAAGGAGAUCAGCUGGCAGAUGAUCCGGAUCGAGGCUGACGCCAUUCAAAGCGCCGAGCAUGAGAUGUUAAGCGCCCCCAUCCGUCUCAUCACCAACCAGUCCAAGAUCAGAGUCACACUGAAGCGAAGGAUAAAGGACUGUAACGUGGUGGCCUCCAAGCUGAUUCUGAUCCUGGACGACCUGCUGUGGGUCCUGACCGACUCCCAGCUCAAAGCCAUGGUGCAGUAUGCCAAGUCCCUCAGUGAGGCCAUGGAGAAGUCCGCCCAGCAGAGGAAGAGCAUGGCCACGGAUGACCAGUUACAGGUGUCACCAGCGCCCCCCACUGCACAGCAGGUGCGGACGCAGCAGACGUCCACCGCGGCUGACCAGAGCGCGACCAUGGCCAAGUUGUUUGAUGCGUAUGAUGUUUGUGAGACGUCACACCAUCUCCAGAUCACACACCUGGACCUGCACAUCUGCGACGACGUCCAUGCCACGGAUAAAGUGAUCCACAAGAGAAUCGCGGGCGGAGCCAUGCAGCUGUCUUUCAGCUCCAUCACCCUGGACUACUACCCUUUCCACAGAGCAGGUGAAAGCUGUGCCCACUGGAUGCACUACAGCGAAGCCACCAAGAGCAGAGAGAGCUGGGCUCGCAGCCUGCUGGAGGAGUUCAGGACCAACGUGGACAUGUUGAAGAGUGCAGUGCGUGACCAUGGUGGUGCUGCAGCUCACGGCUCCCCUCAGCAUGGACGGAUAAGCACCUCGUCCAGCAGCUCCUUCAGCCCCCCUCCUCAGAGUCCCAAGCCCCAGCUCAUGUCCAGCUCUGUGGUCCUCAGGAUGGCUGACUUCAGCAUCUACCAGGUGUCCACGGCCGACCAGCGCCGCUCCAGCCCCAAGGCCAUGAUCUCCUGCAACAAGAAGUCCUUGUACCUCCCGCCAGAGAUGCCGGCCAUCCAUGUGGAGUUCACAGAGUACUACUUACCAGAUGGAAAAGACUUCCCAAUCCCAUGUCCCAAUCUGUAUGCCCAGCUCAAUGCCCUGCAGCUGGUCCUGGAUCCUCGCAGUCUGGUGUGGAUCAACCUCUUUGCCCUGGACCUCAGGCAGAGUCUGGAGCAGUUCAUGGAGAUCUACAAGCUCAACGACUCGCAGAAGCCUGACGAACACGUGGACAUCAAGGUGGACGGCCUCAUGUUGAAGCUGGUGAUUCCCACCGAGCGGGAUCCCUCCUGCCCCCCCGACCUGCCCCGCUCCAUCUCUGUGCAGACGUCCGAGAUGGUGGCGACCAACACUCGACACCCGGCCAACUGCACGCGCUCCCACCUGGAGGCGCUGCUGCACGCCUUCCAGGAAGAGCCCUUCUUUGCUCCCUCCUUUGAGGCGUUUCCCCGAAGCAGCACCUCCUUUCCUCUCCUCCACCCCGUCUUCCACCUUCACGCUAGUGAGCAGGACACCAAGAUACACGACAUCUACCGCGGCCUGGUGGCACCCACCCUGGGAACCGACGCUCUCAAGACGCCGGCUGCGACAGACUUCUGGGCGUUUCACUUCGCCCAGUUUUGGGUGGACUAUGAGGGCACCCGAGGCGGGAAGGGCAGACCGCAACCCUUUGUGGACUCCUUCCCUCUCACUGUGUGGGCGUGCCAACCCGCCAAGCUGCUCCACCAUCAGGAGAAGCUGCGAGAUGCCGCGGGGUCUUCUCUGUCCAGGAGCAUGUCUGUGGAGGCCGUGGGCCGGCUGCAGAGGAAGCGCCUGCUGAAGGAGUACUACAGUACUGAGAGCGCGCCUGCUCAGAGUACCGCGCUGCCGGCCACCAACGGACUCCGGAAGCUCUCGCUGGACAGCUUGCCUUCCUCCAACUCAGUGGCAUCAUCAGGGAGGGACGCAGACGUGCACGUGUUAAUGCAUGUGCACAAGCAUCUGAGUGCCCAGGUGAGCCACCGUCAGUACGUGUUCCUGAUGCAUCUGCAGCGCAGCAUCAAGUCCCUCCAGCAGACCCUGCAGCAGGAUCUGGACAAGAGCAGCUCCAAGAAAGACCGCAAAGAUUCGUGGAAGCCUCCAGCAGACCACCAGCCCUUCACCGCCUGCCUCGCCCUGUUGCUCAAGAGCGCAGAGGUCUCCCUCCUGCUGAAACCAGUCUCCCAGCCGGAGGGUUCCUGCUCCCCUGUGGGGUCUGAGCUGUCUCCCUCAGAGAGCAGAGGAACCCUGGGGCCUGGAAGUGAUGGCUGUGAAGGGACAGGGAGGAAGCAGGAGCGCAGUGAUGCUGCUGCCUCCUGCAGCGUGGACCAGCUCUUGUGUUCAGACGGGUUGGAGAGCAGGACCACAUCGGGCCCCGCCCCUCUAAUCCCUGCCACUGUGACGCACCCGGACCCUCAUCAUGGAGCAUCGGUGGGGGACAGGACAGCGGCACUGAAGUCCGCUGAAGGUGGCGACUCGGUGCUGGACCGCCUGGCAGAGGAACUUGACUCCAAAGUUCUGACAGCUGACCUGCCUGACCCGGCGGGGGACAAGACUGCAGCCAAGAUGCCUCAGUCCAGGAAAGGAAGUUUGUCUGUCGUUUCUGAACUUCUCAGCUCCUCAAACACCAGCAGAUCCUCCUCCCUUUAUUCCAUGUCCAACAUUGGUCGCCUGAUGCGAGACCGCUCCCAGUCCAGCCUCUCCGUGUCUUACAAGAACAUGAAGAAGAGCCCCUCGCUGCAGUCUCUGGAUAACAUCUCCAUCGACAGCUGCCUGAUGGAGGACGGGGACAGCUACAGCCUGCUGGAGAGAGAUGACGUGUCCAUCUCUGGCUUCAAGGAUGCCAUCAGUGAGCAGAGCACCACGGAGAGCGCCCUGGAGGCUGCGACGGGCCCGGAGCCGGAGGGCGCCGUGUCUCCGGACACGGACAGCGCCGCCUCCCAGAGCAUGGACGAGCCCACCAAAGACGUGGUGUCGGUGCUGGUGCUGAAGGUGCAGUCGGUGUGUGUGGGCAUGGAGGCGGUGGGAGCCAGCACGGCGGUGGCGCUGGAGGUGGGCAAGGUCACGCCCAGCCAGCUGGGGAACGUCAGCCUGCGACAGUACCAGAGCAACCGCAGCCUCGGUAUGGUGUGUUCAGGGUCAGUACCUGCUCAGAGCAGCCCAGUUGGCGGCGAGGUCAUCUCCUCCGCCCUCACGGGCCGCCACAGUCCGGAGGUCCGGGCUCGCCUGGAGAGCGGCCCCUGCGCCGCUGCCCACUCGCCUCUGGCUGAACGCAACGGCUUCCUGCAGCUGCGUCUCCAUGGUUACCAGGCCAGCUUCCUGAUGUCGACGCUGCACAACCUGGCCCAGUUCCUUGAGGACGACUCGGCGCCGCAGGUGCUGCCCAUGGAGAUCAGCGUGGGAGACACUCGCAUCCAGCUGAAGGACGACGGCCCCCGGGACAACCCCUCGGAGACGGAACCCUCCCCCAUCACCCUGCACGUGGACAGCCUGGUCAUCCACCGGAGGGACGACGGCUCCUUCUCUAUCGGAGUGGACCCGGCGGCGCCGACCAAACCCAGGAAGGAGGCCGCGUCGACUGACAGCGCAUUGAGUCCGGUGCCGGAGAUCAGCCUCAUCACGAAGGCCACGCAGACUCAAGCACAAGCCCCGCCCCCUGCCCCACCUCCGUCCGACAGCGAAAAGCUGCUGAUGGACGAGAACGAGUGUUUGAAGAUGGAGCUGUCCAGAGCCAAGAUGGCGCUGGCUGAGGCUCAGAUGGAGAGAGACUCGCUCCUGCAUCGUCUCAAGACCCUCCGCGUCAACAGCAGCUAGAGGGACCCGUGUCCUGGACUCUCUCCCACCAGACUGGUGUGAAUGUGCGAGACCUGCUGCCUGCCUGAGAGGCUCCGGCCCUGCUCCGUGGACCUCCUCACCGCCGGCUUCAGAACCUUCAUCGGAGGUGGAAUACAGUGAAGAAUGUUGAGGCUGACGUCUCCAGCCGUGGAAGAGAGGGUCAGUGACCAUCUGUGGAGAUGAUUCUCCAGAACAUGAACCAGUUUAUAUGGACGUCGUGGAGGAACUUUGGAACAAGGGACGCGUUUCUCAUGAGCGCUAACAAAGUAUUUGUCCACAAUAAAUGAUGGAAUCCGGGAGGAGAGAUGAUCCAAAAUUACAAUAUUUCACGUUUAAAGACGUCGAGUAAUAGAAAAAUGAAGCAGUGAAAAUGUGAAUCUAUAUUUAGAAAUGACAUUGAAAUUGAACGUACUGUGUAAAAGCUUCGGAACAUAAGUGAAAAUGUCUCCUGAAACAGAGGAGGCGAAACUAGCUGGGGCUGGUUGGACUGGCGGAGCGUCCCAGCUCUGAAUGUCAGACUCCUCCUCUUCCUCCUCCUCCUCCUCCUGCACAGAGCCGCCGAGUUCACGGAGAAGAAUGUCAAUGUCUAUUUUCUGCAGUGUUGGUGUCACUAAAGCCGUUUUCAUCGAGGACGUCCGCAGCAGCCUCCUAUUUUUCUAAUGUAAAUACGGCAGACGUCGUCAUGGCAACGCUCCGCGGCGGCGACCGGUCCAGGACGGAGCACCGUCAGCUGGACGGCCAUGUUCCUCAGAGAUGGUGCAAAAAUGAAGGGAAAUAAAAACAAGGGCCUCGUUUCUUAACGUCUGAGCCGCGUCUGUGUUUGAUGGAGGACCAGCGUCACCACCCUCCUCCUCCUCACACCCUUCCUUUCUUCAGGUCUCCGUGUUUUCUUUCACAGCGGUCUUCUCUCCUUCACUUUCUUUGUUCCUUCACUCUUCAUUUUUUUCCUUACUCUUUCCCCCCUGUUUUCUGCUUCCUUCUUCUUUUCCUCCUUCCCUUCCUCUCUGCUGCUGCAUUUUCCUGCUCCCCAUAUUUCUCCCCGUUUCUCCUUUCUUCAUCUUGUCUUACUCUCCUCCCUUCAUUUCACUCUGGCUUUGCCUCCUCUCUUGCUUCCCUGCCCACCUUCUUUCUCUCUGCUGUCUUCCUCUUCUCCCCAUCUCUUUACCUUACCUUCCCAAACUUUUCUUUUUCAUCUCUUUGCUUUUUCCACCUUUCUGCCUGAUCUUUUCUUCCUUUUCUUCUCUUCUCACCUGUGCAGGUGUGUGUUUUGCUGUCUGUGUGUGGGAGUGUUUGUUCUAGUGUGUUUUCAGUCGCAGUGUUUGGUUUGGUCUUUUCCAGUCACUGACUCUGUGUGUUUCUGCUUUUGCAGAUUGUUGUGUUGAUGCAUAUUUAUUUUAGUAGCUUUUGGUGUGUACUUGUAUAACUGUACUUGUGAGGACCUUUAACUGGACCCCACAGUUCCAAGCCUCAGUUUGAGGAUGGACACUUCCAAUAACUCUGUUCCAGUUUGGUCCAGAGUCCUGGUUCAGGUGAGAUAUGUUUUUUUUUUGAUGGUGAGGUUCAGGGGGAGAGGCUGGGGAAAGGGUGAUGGCCAGGAGAGGUCCUCACAAGGCCAGAGCGACAGACGUAUGUGUCAGAGGUUGUGUAGCUCUGACUGACAUGGAUGAGUGUGUGAUAUAAUCUGACGCUCACAGCAGCUUCAGCGCUCCUUCUCUUCAGUGUCUUACGACUCUCCGCGGGAGUCCCUGAACGCACCACCCCCUCUGUGUUUACCGAGCAGCUUGCAGCGCUGCGGGGCAGGAGUGGCCGAGUGUCCCUGAACGCGUCACGGAAGAGCAGCUCGAGGUUCCACGCAACACCUGCCUCCAUCAUCCAUUCAGAGAAACCCUCACGCCUCCGUGCUCGGGACGCCGUGUGCGCAUGCGCGUGGCUAUAGUUGAUGCUGCGUGUUUUCGCAGCUGCUCGACAUCGAGUGGUACUUUUUUUUUUUUUUUUUUUUUUUCCAG